CCAGUAACCGCUCCCAAACACCUGGCCAGCAAGAACCGGCUCCCCUGCUCCUCCUUGUCCACCUCGCCGGCCGCUGCAGAGAGAAUCGAGCCCCUGCUCCUGCUCGGCCGGUCGCCGGCCGCCGGCGAGCUGAAGCUUCCAGCUACCUGCGAUCCCCACAUGAAUCUGUGCUUCAAAUUCAGUACAGCAGGAUGAGGCUGCUGACUGUAAAUGGUCUGAGGUUCAGGCACCUCAGGCUUGCGAUCUUGGCCAUCUGCGCUGUGUUUCUGCUUUGGAAAUGGGAGAAGGGGUCACUCUACAGCCCUGAUCUCCUCCGGCCCGAGCCAUUGGCCUUGACUGACUCGCAGUUUGUAGAUCGGAAUACCUCCAUGGAUGAAGGUUCCUCUAGCAGCAAUCCGUUGGUGAAGUCAAUUGCUGAAGUAGGUAAGGUAGUUACUGCUGCACCUCCACCUCUGACCAUGAUUCACAAUGCCAAAGAUGCCACUGGUAAAAAGGAAACAUCGCCUUCAGAGAAGAAAGGAUGUGACUACAGGAAUGGAGGAUGGGUUCCUGAUGAUCGCAGACCAUUGUAUUCUGGUCUCAAAUGUAAACGAUGGCUCUCUGAGAGCUGGAACUGUAAAUUGACACAGCGCAAAGAUUUCACUUAUGAGAAAUUUAGAUGGCAGCCUGAAGGCUGCGAGAUGCCAAUGUUUCAAGCCGCCCAUUUCUUGAGAAGAAUGCAGGAUAAAACCAUAGCUUAUGUAGGCGACUCUUUAGGGAGACAGAUGUUCCAAUCGAUGAUGUGCAUGGUUGCGGCAUCUGGGAAAGAUCAUUCAGAUGUGGAAGAUGUUGGCUCCGAGUACGGAUUAGCCCUCGCACGUCGUGCAAAACGACCAGGUGGCUGGGCCUACCGAUUCCGAAGCACGAACACAACCAUCCUAUAUUACUGGUCAGCAACGCUCUGUGAUCUAGAGCCUCUCAGGCUUUCAAAUCCAGCUGCCGGUUACGCCAUGCACCUUGAUCGCCCGCCUUCGUUUCUCAAAAAGAACCUUCAUAGGUUCCAUGUUCUGGUUCUGAACACAGGGCACCAUUGGAACCGGGGUAAGCUCAAGGCGAACAAGUGGGAAAUGUAUGUCUCCGGAGCACCAAAUGUCAACGGAAAGAUUGCCGUUAUAUGGAAGGCGAAAAACUUCACUGUACAUAGUGUUAUGAAGUGGCUGGAUGGCCAGCUUCCUAGCUACCCGCACCUGAAGGUCUUCUACAGGUCACUGUCACCAAGGCAUUUCUUCAACGGGGAGUGGAACACCGGAGGCACUUGUGACAACAAGGCACCUUUGUCCAAGGGCAACACUGUGUUUCAGAAUCGUUCUGAAGACGCUGACGCUGAGGGAGCAGUCAGAGGAACCAGGAUAAAGCUCUUGGAUAUCACCGCGCUUUCUCGUCUAAGGGAUGAAGGGCAUAUAUCAAGGUACAGCAUCAGAGGUACAACAGGGGUCCAAGAUUGCCUCCAUUGGUGCCUUCCUGGUGUUCCAGACACUUGGAAUGAGAUCCUUGCUGCUCAGCUGUAGGCAGUUUGCUGCCGCCAGGAUACGUGAAGAGGUUUAUAUUGAGCAUAGCUUUUACUAUUGAGAAGCUCGUCAUCAUGUAACACCAUGUAUGCCAGCACAAUUCAAGAACAUUCUUUUCAUGUAAAAUUACAUACGGUAAUACAGUUCAAGAACAUUGUUUUCAUGUAAAAUUACAUCCGGAAAUACAGUUCAAUAACAUUCGUUUCAUGUAAAAUUACACCCAGUAAUACAGUUCAACAACAUUCUUUUUGAUCA